AUCACAUAUACCUUAAUAGUCAUGAUUGAAAUAGCGAUAGAACCGCAUCUUCAGGCAUCCUUGUCCAACACCACUCUAGCCUCGACAAAAUCAGUAUCUGAAGAUCCAAGGCAUUCUUUGCAAUACAAAAAGAACUCGGUUCAUGUACAGCAGCCUGGGCUGAUUAAAAGGACACUUUCAUCAGCGUCAAAAACAGGCGUUCUUUCAUCUUUCCCAGUCUGUCAUACAGUUGCUGCACGACGCAAGGUUGUCGUGUUGGGCGACGGUUCUGUUGGAAAAACAUCAUUGUUGGCAUCAUUCAAGACUGGUAGAUUCCCAGAGGAAUACAUUCCAACAGUUUUUGAAAAUGUUGUGCUUCCUAUUGAAAUUGAUGGAAAGAAUAUUGAACUAGCCAUGUGGGAUACUGCUGGACAAGAUGAUUAUGCACGACUACGACCAUUAUCAUAUCCUGAUACGGAUGCUUUUAUUGUUUGCUUUAGUAUUGAUAACUUGGACUCGUUUAAAAAUAUUCGCACCAAGUGGAUCCCCGAGAUUACACAUUAUUCAGCCCAAACACCAAUUCUACUUGUUGGAUUAAAAUCAGAUCUACGUGACGAUCCAUGUCUUCAAGGUGCAUUUCAAAAUGUAAAAGAGGCAGAAAAGCUUGUUUUGGAGGGUCUAGUAUCGCAGUAUUGGGAAUGCUCGUCAUUGCAAAGACGAGGAGUGGAUGGCGUAAUUGGUGCUGCAGCAAGACUGGCCGUGACUCCGCGUAAGCGUAGGUCUAAAAAGAACGCAUGCUCGAUCUUAUGAUGCAGUUGUAAUCUCAUUGGCGAUUCAAUCUGCCAGACUCGUUUGAUUGUGUCGGAUCUGUGAAUGGGGAAAAUAGAUUACAUUUGGAGCUAAACAACAAUGCUUGACAGGAAUUGGAUUAUUUCAACUUGAUACUUUUUAUUUAAAGCUGCGUUCACGUAAAAUGGUACACUUUGUAUUUAUCUUGCAGUCACUAUUUUACUCUGGAAUAAACAUGCUCAAGUAUUCGCUGCGCUUU